UGCUCUGCAGCAAUCAGGUCCGUCACCAGCUGCUGCUGGGCGCUGGCAGGAGAGGGGAUGGCCAUGAGCCCUGGGCCCUCCCCACUGGAUGCUGAUGCACCCCCACACUUGGGUCACCCAGGCCACUAGGCAGCCAUUGGCCCUCUUGACACUGAUGGGCACCAUGCCCUGCCAAUGGGUCCUCCACUCCAAGGGCACAAACAGGAAGUGCCUGGGCACACUGCUCUCCAGCGGGGCAGUGGAUCGCAGUGUGUGUUGGGCAGUGCCCAGACCUAUGGGGUGCACUGCUCUCAGAUGGGGCAGUGGAUCGCAGUGUGCGUUGGGCAGUGCCCAGAUCCAUGGGGUGCACUGCUCUCAGAUGGGGCAGUGGAUCUCAGUGUGUGUCGGGCACUGCCCAGACAUAUGGGGCGCACUGCUCUCAGAUGGGGCAGUGGAUCGCAGUGUGUCUCGGGCACUGCCCAGAUCCAUGGGGUGCACUGCUCUCAGAUGGGGCAGUGGAUCGCAGUGUGUCUCGGGCACUGCCCAGAUCCAUGGGGUGCACUGCUCUCAGAUGGGGCAGUGGAUCGCAGUGUGUCUCGGGCACUGCCCAGAUCCAUGGGGUGCACUGCUCUCAGAUGGGGCAGUGGAUCGCAGUGUGUCUCGGGCACUGCCCAGAUCCAUGGGGUGCACUGCUCUCAGAUGGGGCAGUGGAUCGCAGUGUGUCUCGGGCACUGCCCAGAUCCAUGGGGUGCACUGCUCUCAGAUGGGGCAGUGGAUCGCAGUGUGUCUCGGGCACUGCCCAGAUCCAUGGGGUGCACUGCUCUCAGAUGGGGCAGUGGAUCGCAGUGUGUCUCGGGCACUGCCCAGAUCCAUGGGGUGCACUGCUCUCAGAUGGGGCAGUGGAUCGCAGUGUGUCUCGGGCACUGCCCAGAUCCAUGGGGUGCACUGCUCUCAGAUGGGGCAGUGGAUCGCAGUGUGUCUCGGGCACUGCCCAGAUCCAUGGGGUGCACUGCUCUCAGAUGGGGCAGUGGAUCGCAGUGUGUCUCGGGCACUGCCCAGAUCCAUGGGGUGCACUGCUCUCAGAUGGGGCAGUGGAUCGCAGUGUGUCUCGGGCACUGCCCAGAUCCAUGGGGUGCACUGCUCUCAGAUGGGGCAGUGGAUCGCAGUGUGUCUCGGGCACUGCCCAGAUCCAUGGGGUGCACUGCUCUCAGAUGGGGCAGUGGAUCGCAGUGUGUCUCGGGCACUGCCCAGAUCCAUGGGGUGCACUGCUCUCAGAUGGGGCAGUGGAUCGCAGUGUGUCUCGGGCACUGCCCAGAUCCAUGGGGUGCACUGCUCUCAGAUGGGGCAGUGGAUCGCAGUGUGUCUCGGGCACUGCCCAGAUCCAUGGGGUGCACUGCUCUCAGAUGGGGCAGUGGAUCGCAGUGUGUCUCGGGCACUGCCCAGAUCCAUGGGGUGCACUGCUCUCAGAUGGGGCAGUGGAUCGCAGUGUGUCUCGGGCACUGCCCAGAUCCAUGGGGUGCACUGCUCUCAGAUGGGGCAGUGGAUCGCAGUGUGUCUCGGGCACUGCCCAGAUCCAUGGGGUGCACUGCUCUCAGAUGGGGCAGUGGAUCGCAGUGUGUCUCGGGCACUGCCCAGAUCCAUGGGGUGCACUGCUCUCAGAUGGGGCAGUGGAUCGCAGUGUGUCUCGGGCACUGCCCAGAUCCAUGGGGUGCACUGCUCUCAGAUGGGGCAGUGGAUCGCAGUGUGUCUCGGGCACUGCCCAGAUCCAUGGGGUGCACUGCUCUCAGAUGGGGCAGUGGAUCGCAGUGUGUCUCGGGCACUGCCCAGAUCCAUGGGGUGCACUGCUCUCAGAUGGGGCAGUGGAUCGCAGUGUGUCUCGGGCACUGCCCAGAUCCAUGGGGUGCACUGCUCUCAGAUGGGGCAGUGGAUCGCAGUGUGUCUCGGGCACUGCCCAGAUCCAUGGGGUGCACUGCUCUCAGAUGGGGCAGUGGAUCGCAGUGUGUCUCGGGCACUGCCCAGAUCCAUGGGGUGCACUGCUCUCAGAUGGGGCAGUGGAUCGCAGUGUGUCUCGGGCACUGCCCAGAUCCAUGGGGUGCACUGCUCUCAGAUGGGGCAGUGGAUCGCAGUGUGUCUCGGGCACUGCCCAGAUCCAUGGGGUGCACUGCUCUCAGAUGGGGCAGUGGAUCGCAGUGUGUCUCGGGCACUGCCCAGAUCCAUGGGGUGCACUGCUCUCAGAUGGGGCAGUGGAUCGCAGUGUGUGUCGGGCAGUGCCCAGACCUGAGGGGCGCACUGCUCUCCAGACUGGGCAGUGGAUUGCA